AUGCCAUGGAAGCCUGUGUAUAAAAACAAGAAAGAAUGUAAAACUGAACGUACAUUAGUUCUUCUCUUGGGUGGUUCUAUUUAUGAUGAUAGUGCUGGUGUUCAAAUUAUUCAACGACGUCGUCGUGGAGACGAACGCUUUCGCACAAAAAAAGAUGUUUACUUAGAAGAACAUCUAUGGCAACGAGAUUUUCAUGCAAUAACUGAUUAUUUUGAACGAACAAAUGCAACUAUUUGGCGUUGUGUUCCUACACGUCUUCAUAGUUCUCGAAAUGAAGCAUUUAAUUUAAUAAAUGAAUUCUUUCAACUUGAUACCAAUGAUAACAAAGGUGAACGAAAAACAUUUGUUCUUUACUGGUGUGGUCAUGGAUUAAAUAAUACAGGUAAUUGGGGAUUUUCAUAUGGUGGUGAAAUAACUUGUCAUGAUAUUAUUAAUGCUUGGCGUUCUCGUCCAAUAGCCAACGAAUACAAUAACAUAUCAUCAUUAACAAUUAUUGCUGAUACAUGUUUUUCAGGUGCAUGGAUUGAUGAACUUAAAGCUGAACAAAUUCCACGUCUUGCUUAUCAAGCAGGAUGUCGAGCUGAUGAAAGUGCUUAUGUUGUUGAUGAUGGUAAUAUUCCAAGAAGUUUACUUAUGCGUAAAUUUAUUAUUGAACAAAAAUAUCCUAUCGGAUGGUAUUUAUGGUUAUGUACUGAUCAACAUCCAAUGCAUUUAUGCGAUUAUGCUGAAAUAGAACAUGGUCAAGAUUUUAGUGCUGGUCAACGACGAACAUUAGUUUAUGGUGGUCCAUAUUACUUUUUUACUGUUGAUCAACAUUGGACAACAAAUGGAAAAAUGUCAACUAAAGAACAUAAAACUGAACUUAAUAAACUAGCUAAAUAUGGUGUAUUUAUUGAUAAUCUUUGA